AUGGCGACCACAAAUACGACCACAUCUUCCAACUACUGGGACUUCAUCUUCACCGAGCUGGCCGAUCCGCGGACAAACCACUGGCCACUGAUAUCGUCCCCGGUGCCGGGUUUGACCAUCAUUGCCUGCUACCUGUACUUCGUGCUUAACUUUGGUCCCAAGUACAUGGCAAACCGAAAACCGUUCCAGAUGCAAAAGACCCUGGUCGUGUACAACUUCAUUCAAGUUCUAGUCAGCAUAUAUCUGUUCGCUGAGGGUCUGGACGGUGCCUGGCUACGACACUACAGCUGGAGAUGUCAACCGGUAGACUUCAACGAUAAUCCCGUCGCCAUGAGGGUUGCCCGAGGCUGCUACGUUUACUUCCUGGCCAAAAUUUCGGAGUUGCUGGAUACAGUGUUCUUCACGCUACGGAAGAAAGACAACCAGAUCACCUUCCUGCACCUGUACCACCACACCGUCAUGCCAAUGAUCUCCUGGGGCGCUACCAAGUACUACCCCGGAGGACACGGCACAUUUAUUGGUGUGAUCAACUCGUUCGUACACAUUGUUAUGUACACGUACUACAUGAUGGCCGCGAUGGGACCUCAGUAUCAGAAAUAUCUCUGGUGGAAGAAGUACAUCACCAACCUGCAGAUGAUCCAGUUCGGUAUGGCAUUCGGUCACUCCGCUCAGCUGCUGUGGACCGACUGCGGCUACCCGCGCUGGUCCGUCUUCUUCACCCUGCCGAACGCGAUCUUCUUCUACAUGCUGUUCAAUGACUUCUACAAGAAGUCGUACGGUUCGAAAAAAUCCGCCGCAAAAGUCACUGCCACCGAUGCUACCGCCAAACCGAUCGAAAACAAUAACUCGCCAAAGGUCGCCAGCAAGGAGCUGUGA